AUGGAGACGGUCCUCUGCAGCUGUAAGAAAUGCGAUGCUGCACUGGGUGACUUUGUCAACCUGUGGACACAGGUUGGCAAGAGCUACUUCAGUCCCAUCGUCGAGCCUGAUUAUGAUAUUGCCGUCCAAAGCGAUGGCGCCGUCAGGGAAGGCGAGAGAGGCACCCUAGUCGAGGAAUGCCAACUGCAAGACAUUGCCUGCGCCCACUGCGCUACUAUCCUAGGUCUGAGAUGCGUAGCCACGCCUGUCAACCACGCACUGGACAAGAACCAGAUUCUACUGAGGCAGGCCUCGGUGGAAUUACUCACCCACAAGGACGAGCCAGUCGACUUCAUCGUCAAGCGUGUUCUUGACGUCAAAGAGCCGUCAAGAGUGAGCAGCGGAGGCUUUGCUAAGACGCCUCAUUCAGCAGCAUUCGGCUCCUCGUCCUUCCCCGGCGUUGUGGAUAUCUUCCAGCUUCGGGCCGAGGUAGAAGGUCAGCGAGAGGACAUCAACCGCAUCGACAGCAAUGGUUUUAAGAUUGUCUCCGUGCUCGAAAAGCGCGUGGUGGGCGUCGAAACCGAAGUGGGCAAGUUGAAGGACACUCUGGGCGGCCUCCGCCGCGACAUUGGCGUAUCUCGGGAGGACCUGACGUCGCUGAAGAGUGACCUCAUCGAGGUGAAACGAGCCGUGCAAGAUCAGGCUCCACUUGCCGGACUGGAGAAGCGGCUCGGAUCUAUGACUAGAACAGUCGGGGAAGCGCGCCGGGAAAUAAGCACGUUGGCGAUCAAAUUCCGGGAAGAGGUUUCCGAGUUGAGAUCGGAGAUCCUCCGAACUAGGCAGGACAUGGAAGAUUUGAAGUCCGAGGUCAGGGCCAGCGUCAUAGCUCCGGACCAUGCCGAAGACACGGCGGCGCUACGUGCUGAGAUGUCGCAGCUGAGACGGCAGCUUGACGACGCGCGAUUUAAAGCGGCAGAACGAGUUGAAACGCCUUUCCCGUCUAGGGAGUUGGAUAUUUUAACAAGUAAUAUUGCCAAGAUUAGCAACCGGGCGAGCCAGGUUGAGACAUUGCAGAUGGAGUUUGAAAUUCUUAAAGGCAGGGUUGAGAGGGCAGAAGCCAGCAGGAAGACCCCUGACGACCGAUGGCCAACCCAAGCAACAGACCAAGAAGACAGGGAAUCAUACUACGGUGCGCUCCCGCCCCAAAGGAAGAGAGCCUCGGCCGGGAUGGGCCCAGCUGUGGAUGACAAUUCGACCACCAAGCGGCCAGCCUACCCGCCUGGCUUCUCGGAUCCCCCAAUACAAGCAUACGAUGCCUCAUCUGACUGGCCUCCCACAUCAUCAAAGCCCGCUGGCCGCGAAGAUCGACAGAAGAAGCCAGCGAGCCCGCAGGUCUCUACCAAGUAUACCCAGUGA